GGAGUUGGAUGAUCAGGUCUUACUCAUCUCCUACCUGAGAUGCUUUCCCAUGCCUCUCAGGAAUCGGUUGGCAGGUGAGGCCAACAUCAAUAUGCACAACUUUCCCUCGUUCAACAAAAAGGCCCUAGACUUUGAGGCAAAUAUAGGGCAUGGACAUAAUCCCAUGACGGAUGGUAGGAAGAAGUCAUUGCUUCCCAACUGGAAGGCGAAGGGCCUUAUUAUGUUCGUCGACAACGAUGGUUCUACCAUCGAGUUGGACGACGAGUUCCAGGCGGGAGUAGGUUCAGAGGCUGGCAGCGUAGAGGCUUCAAGAGGUGUAGUAGUCGUUGCCGUAGCACAGAAAGGGGUUGUUGAGAGGGAGGUCGUCCAUGCGAUAGAGAUUAUCUCAAGGUCCAACAUUCCAAAGGGAGGGAUCUAUCAGAUGUCUCGAGGCGAGCUUGAUGAGCUUCGCCGGCAACUCAAGGAACUCGUAGAGAAGUGUUGGAUCCGGCCGAGUGUUUCUCCUUAUGGGUCUCCAGUCCUAUUUGUACCCAAGAAGAAGGAAGGAACACUUGGGAUGUGCAUCGAUCGAGACCUCAAUGCCAUCAAUGUUAAGAACAGAGAGCCCUUACCGCGCAUCAAUGAUUUGCUAGAUAGAGUGCAAGGGUGUCGGUACUUCAGUAAGAUAGAUCUGAAAUCUGGGUACCAUCAGAUUGCAAACUGGCCCGAGGAUCAACACAAAACCGCUUUUCAGACCAGGUACGGUCUGUACGAGUUUGUGGUGAUGCCUUUCUGCCUUUGCAAUGCUCCUGGCACCUUUCAGCACAUUAUGAAUCGGAUAUUUCAUGACUACUUGGAUAAGUUUGUCAUCGUGUACCUCGAUGACAUACUUAUUUUUAGUAAGACUGUCGAGGAGCACGUUGCGCACUUGGACAAAGUCCUUAGUCUUCUGCGGCAGCACAAGCUCAAGAUCAACGGUGAGAAGUGCGAGUUUGGCCGCACCCGUGUCUUGUACUUGGGUCAUGAGAUUUCCGCGGAGGGAUUAAAGCCCGAUGACGCGAAGGUGGCCAACAUUCGUGACCGGCCGCGUCCUCAGUCUGUGACUUAGACGAGGUCUUUCUUAGGGAUGACUGGCUACUAUCGCACUUUCGUGAAAAACUAUAGCGUAGUUGCCGCCCCUU